AUGACUUGCCAUGCCGGCCUUUGGGCCUUCUCACGGGUCACCUGUACAACCAACUUCCAUACCAUUCCCAAGAGAGGGUUCGUCGCGAAGAGUAGCAAGACAAACGCGCCGACGCCAGUUUGUGUAGUUGGAAGAGCUAGCCCGACAUCGAUAUCAUUUGACUUUCUCAACGUCAAUGCAGUGAGUGAGGGCGCAGCAAAGUCAGAGACGGAGCGUCCCGCGCUCGAGGAGCGAAAGCGGUCGUGGACCAAGCCACGAAUAAGAUGGUUUACAGCCAGUGAGAAUCGAUGUCCUCUCAGAGACCAGACUGAGAGUGCGGCUGGACAAGAUUACCGCACCUCUCAAAUGAUGGCCACGCGUUCGUCUCCAGAGUCUGAUGGGUGCGAAGGAAAUGACGCGGGUACGGUGCAAGCCUUGUUAGCGCCCUGGUUUCCUGGUAGGAGAACAGUCUAUUUGAUGACGCCUAGACCGUCUGGUGGUAGAAGAGCAGCAGACUCGACGUUGCAGUAUUGGCGCGCCUCGGCUGCGCUAGGGAACGGCAAAAGACAAACUCUCAAGGUUCCGCCUGCAAACUAUAGAGAGCUUCUGAGGCUAACGCCGGUUGCCCCUCACCGUUGUGAGGUUAGGGUAAUUUGA